UCGCGAAACACCGGAAUGUAAUCGCAGACUUUGACCAUCGGCUGUCGGCAGCCAGUGACAACAUGGGAACACUCACCAUGGAUAUCCAGAAAGAAAUUCUGUCGUGUAUUGACGCAAAGGGCACCUUAUCCUCGGUUGAUAUUGCUAAAUUGGUCAACGUUCCCCAUCAGAAGGUUGUCGGGGCGAUUAAAUCGAUCGAGUCUUUAGGGAAUAUCAUAAAUGUCAAGCAAGAGACUCAAAAGAGCUGGGAGUGCACAGAAGAAGGAGCCUCUGUUGCGGAAGAUGGGUCAUUCGAAGCACGCCUUUUCAAUUCUCUGUCCCCAGAAGGAUCCCCAGUCGCUGAAAUUAAGGCCAAUUUUCCUAAUGCAAAUAUAGCUCUUGGAGCAGCAAUGAAAAAUAAGUGGGUUAAGAAAGAAGGCGAAAAAGUUGUGCGAGCUUUGCCAUCCAUUGAGGAUGUGGUGCAGUUACACCUAAAAUCCAUUGCUGCUGGAGAUACUGAUGCUGUCCCGGAUAAAAUCAAAGCAGAUUACAAGAAGAGAAAGCUGAUAAAAGAAGUUGAUCUUACCUUUUUUGAAGUUUCACGAGGUAGCGGAUUCACCACAACGGUCACAAAACAGGAAGCAGAAUUAACAAAGGAAAUGAUUGAGAGUGGCCUCUGGAAGAGUAAAACCUUUAAACCCUUCAAUUUUCAAUCAAAAGGACGGCUAGAGCAACGAUCAGGACACCUGCACCCCUUGAUGCAGUUGAGGGCAGAGUUUCGUCAAAUUUUCUUGGAGAUGGGCUUCACUGAAAUGCCCACAAACAAUUUUGUUGAAAGUGCAUUUUGGAAUUUUGAUGCUCUUUUCCAACCCCAGCAACAUCCUGCCCGAGAUGCCCAUGACACAUUUUAUGUCGCUGAACCAGCAAGGACUAUAAGUGUUCCUGAAGAUUACUUACAAAGGGUCAAAAAAACUCACUCAGUGGGUGGCUAUGGCUCGACAGGCUAUCAGUAUGAUUGGGACAGAGAUGAAGCUCACAAAAAUCUUUUACGGACCCAUACGACAGCUGUGAGUGCCAGGAUGCUGUACAGACUUGCACAGGAAGGUUUCCAGCCGUCUAAAUUUUUCUCAAUUGACCGAGUGUUCCGAAAUGAAACUCUGGAUGCAACGCAUCUUGCAGAAUUUCACCAGAUUGAGGGUGUGGUUGCAGACUACAAUCUUGGUGUGAAGCACUUAAUGGGUGUCAUAAAGGCUUUCUUUGAAAAAAUUGGCAUUACAAAAUUACGGUUUAAGCCUGCCUACAAUCCAUAUACAGAACCCUCUAUGGAAAUAUUCAGUUAUCAUGAAGGUUUGAAAAAGUGGGUGGAGGUUGGCAAUUCGGGUAUUUUCCGACCUGAGAUGUUACGGCCAAUGGGAUUGCCAGAAGAAGUUACCAUUGCAGCCUUUGGGCUUUCUUUAGAAAGACCAGCAAUGAUCAUGUAUGGAAUCGACAAUAUCAGAGAGCUUGUUGGACCCAAAGUGAAAAUGGAACUUAUCCUAGAUAAUCCAGUCUGCACUCUUAACAAGUUUAGACGAAAAGAACAAACGACAUCUGGGGGAGGUGUGACAGUAGAAGCCCUCACAAAACGUCAGGAGCUGAUUCUAGACAGACUUUCUGCCCUCCAGUCCAAGGUUGCUCACAUUGCAUCGAAAAUGGGCAUCACUUUAGAAGAAUCUAUUACCUCUCAAUCUUCCCAAAUUAGUGGUGUUCCUAAGCCUGGUGAACUUUUUGACAUAGUGAUAUAUGCUGAUCCUCGGCGUCCUCCUUAUAGUAUUCGAGUUUUGGCAAAUGUGAUCUCCUCAAAGUUAAAGACUUGUAUGCGAGUCCACUGUCAUUCCACUGUCAAGGAAGUUUCCGAGAAGCUUCAGCAGUUUUGGGGUGAAAAUUCAGGGGUUGAUAGAAGUGACUCUGAUAUAUGUUUGACUCUUGUUUGGAGACAGAAUGGUGAUAGUCCAGCAACACUCUUACCUUCUCUGUCAGUCUCUCCUCUUUCAGCUACUCAGGUAGCAUCCAGGUGUACAAGUCCACAUGCAAGGUGUUACAUGGAUGAGAUGCUGAAAACAAGAAAGUGCAUCAAAGCUGGCAUAAUUUUAGAAAUUUGUGGUGAACAUAACAUUGGUCGAUAUCUGUCACGAUUAGCGGAGAGUUUGUCAUUAUCAAGUAAUCUUUACGAGUGCCUUUCUAGUCCAGUAGUCAUUGCUGAAAUCGAUGAGCAUUUGGAUCAAUGUCAUGCAAAACUUGUACUUGGCACAAAUAAGGAUAGAGCAAGUUAUAUUAAAUGCCUUAAUACGAAGUUAGAGAAAGGACCCUUCAUUGCUGGUUCAAACUUGUCUCUAGCUGAUCCAGUUAUUAUUUCUACUCUCCUGCAACUCCGCUUAGUGGAUUCUGCACCCAAUAAUGUCCGAAAUUGGGUUAAGACAUGUUUAAAUUUACCAAUUUGUCAGAAUUUAACAUUAUAGCCACGAUUAAAACUAGAUACUCAAGCCUGUUGCUUAGGUACGAAGGUCUCAAACUAGUAUUCUUGUUGCUUAACUCUACUUUCAGACAUUUAUUGUAAAGAUAUAGUAUUUGAUGUUCAAGUACAGUCUUAGGUAUCUUGAAAAUUUUUUGUAACUUUUGCCAUUACAAAUGAUCUUUAGUGCCAAAUUGACAGAUGUAAAUAAAUUCCAAAUGUAAGCAGCUGAUAUGGCUGCAUUUUCUUUUUACUACACUGUACUUAAAUACACACUCAAAAUACUGUGUAAUUUGUGUAAAAUAUUUUUCAUUGAUUUUUUACUUAAUUUUCUUGUACUGUACUUUUGUGUGAUAACUCCAACACUGUGAUAUAAAAUUUUGUGCAACAUAUAUGGAAACUAAAUAUCCAAGCUUAAUUAUCUGCACUGAUGGUUAUGAAUAAAAAAACACACUAUUCAUUGCCUAUUUACAUAUAUAUGUAAAAUUCCAUGUUCAUCAAUGUUUCUUGAAUAUUUUGAAAAUUACUCAGAAAUCUUUGCAGUCAAUGGCCUAACUUUUAUAGAAAAAUAAUACUGUAUCCUUGAGUAAUUCUGAUAAAGUGGUAUCAACAAGGAAA